GAUUGCAUAUUAACCACCCAUCCAAGGAACCAGUGUUCCUAGCCGCUACUCGCACUCACCUUUGCUCAACCGCUACCCCGCCAUUGCACUAACCCUCUGAUCUCCACCCAACUUCUAUCUUUUUUUCUUUUGGGUGAAAACCUAACUUCUAUCUGAGAAACCAAUUGCAAAAUCGACGGAGUAAUCUCAUUGUCGUGAAGUGAUGGUCUCACAAGUGCUCCGGCACCUCUUCAUUGCCAUAAUUUUCUUCCUCACUUUUCUCUCCAACCUGUGUGCCCUCUUUAGUCCUCUCCCUCUGGAACUUUUCCCUCCAAAGAAUCACCAAACGGCUAUUUGAAAUGGUAAAAUAAAAUUUUCCUUUGCUUGUGUAUAUCUGUCGCAUAUCCUACUAUCCUAUUCCCAAGGUCCCCGCUAAACAAACGGGGCCUAAAGGAAUCUAUGGUAAUUUAUGGGAAAAAGUCCCACUCCUACCAUGUAGGGUACAGGUAGAAAGUUAGAAAUAGAAGCCCUAAUUCGAAUUUUCUGGGUUUUGGGGGAGAGGUUUAUUCGUUUUAGGGUUUAAUUUCAUGAAAGAGGGGGAGCUUCUUUUUCUUCUGCUAGGAUGGAUUUCUUUUCAGGUUUGAGAGGCUAUGAGUUUUUCUUCAACUUCGUUUCCGAUUUUAAACAAGGGAAAGUGAGAAAAGAAAGGUAAAUCGGAGUUGAUUUUUAAGGUUUCAGAGAGAGGACUCUUCGGUCUUGGUGGUUCUCAGGAUGUUCUUUGUGAUCCCAAUUUGGGAUUUGUAUUUCUUAAAAGAAGGUCUUGAGGAUUUGUAGUUUUCUCUUCACAGAGAAGAAUCGAGUGGGUUGUAUUUGACAGGGAGUGUUCCCUCUUUGAGAUUGGUAUUGGAUUCUCUCCUGAAAUCUAUUUUAAUAGCAGAGAACUCUGUGGUGCUUAGAAGCUCGCGCUCCAACUUCAACUCCAACAAUUGCCUGUUUAGUGAAAGAAUGGGAAGUAAUGAAUUGGUCUCUGAUUUAGAGAAAGCUUUUGAGAAUAGAUUGGUUCGUGAACCCUACGGUUCUGUUGUUCUUGGAGGAACCUUUGAUCGUUUACAUGAUGGUCAUCGUCUUCUUCUGAAGGCAGCGGCGGAGUUUGCCAGGGAUCGGGUGGUUGUGGGGGUUUGUGAUGGACCAAUGCUGGCUGACAAAGAGUUGGCAUACCUAAUUGAGCCCAUCGAGAUGAGGAUGAAAGCUGUUGAGUAUUUCAUCAAGUCCAUUAAACCAGGAUUGAAUGUGAAAACGGAAGCUAUAGUGGAACCUUAUGGCCUAUCAAUUGUUGAUGACAACUUGGAUGCUAUUAUUGUCAGCAAAGAAACUUGGGCUGGAGGAAUCUCUGUUAACAAGCGAAGAGCUGAGAAAGGUCUGCCACAAUUGAAGAUUGAGGUAGUGGAUCUUUUACCUGAAGAAAAUAGUGGUGAAAAACUAAGUUCGACUGCUUUGAGGAGACUUGAUGCUGAGAAAUCCAAGUUGCAGACCAACAUGGUGCACGGUCAGGGAGAAUCAAUGACAAACAGAUAAACCCGAUCUAUGUUGAAGCGGAAAGAGAAGCUAGGGGCGGCAGGGUGGUGAGAAGCAUGCUGAAUCACUUAAGCUCCUUAAUACUGACUAUAAUAAACAGGAAGUUCUGUUGGCUGCUUCUAAUAGGAUGGAGUUUGGGAGGAGCAACAGAAGUAUUUACAGAAUAUGUUAUGCCAUUACUGCAACAGGGCAAAGAUGAUGGUCGCAGGGUACUGAAUGAUUAUUCAGAAAUAUGUUCCACGUAAGUUAUCUUUUGUUUGAGAUUGAAUUUACAAUAUAUUGGUGUUCCUUCUUUUUAUUAUUUUCUUUGUGACCUUUCAAAAAUACAUGAAAGAAUGUACUUGCAAUAUACGCCAGAAGCAUUUGGAUAAAAGAAAUUAUAGUAACUCA